ACUCGUCGUUAUGUAAGAAAAGAGUUGAAGGUGGGAGUGGUGUGUUGAAAGGCGUAGACUAUAGCGCGCUGCAAAUUCCAAACCUUAACGUCGUCGAGUUGCGAUUUGUUCAUUCGCAAUGCAAUCUUCCGAUGACGUUCGCAAUCUCCCCAUCGACAUCACUUUCUCUCGUCUCGGAGAGUGGCUGGUGGAUCGCAAGCGAGUGCCCGCGGAUUGGCGAAAGCGCGUGGCGGCGAUCAGACUCCGAAUUUCCAAGGAAUUUUCUUCCCUCCCCAAAGACUCUGAUCCCUUCUUCCAAACCCUAGACUCCGAAGGGAUUGGAUAUUUGGAGGCCAAACAGAUAUAUGAUAUUCUCUUGAAGUCUACUUCUGAAAGCAGGAACAUAUUUGGUCGCUUAUCUGGUGCUCCGGGUGCUUGGGAAGCAAUCGUGCGGUCGUUUGAGAAGGAUCAUGUUUUCCUUGGCGAGGCUGCGCAGAUUCUCAUUCAAAAUGUGAGCUAUGAAAUCCCUUAUCAGAGGAAACAGGUUCAGAAGAUUCAGCAGCAACUGUUAGAGCUAGAUCGCAAGGAAGCUGAUAUCAAAAGAAGUGCUGCGCUCUCAGUGGCCAAAUACGCUGAAGCUUGCCAGGAGCUUGGAUUACAGGGGAAAAAUGUCAGAGUAGAACUUCUCGAGACAGCACAAUUACUUCCAAGCACGUUUCGCAAGAUUCUAGAUGUUGUGAACAAUGAAAACAUGUCACGGGCAAUUGAAUAUUAUACCAAUUUUGUCAGGGAUGCUCACACUGAAAAGGAUAGAUCUUUGGGAGAUGUAAUACAAAACUUGAAGAAUAUGCGUGAAAACCCCCCAUCUUUAAAUGUUGCUGUUGACUCUGACAUUAUCACUGACGUGAAUGUUCAUGCAAGUAAAAAUGAAUUGAAUCCUGCAACAAGCAAUGCUGCAAUUGCUGCGCCUGACAUUGACUGGGAUAUUUCUGUGGAGAGUUCACAAAUUGAUUGGGACAUUGGAAUUGUUGAAGAAACUGAGGAUAAUGGUAAUGGAUUGGGUCCUUAUGAAAUCAUUAACGCCUCUGAUAUCGGAUCUGAUCCAACAGUAUCAAACCAAGAACUGGGCUCACAUGCAGAUAUAUCUUGGGAUAUUAGUGUGGAUACUCCUCAGGUUGAUGUCAUUGAUGAUGAUAGUGCCCCAGCUGUAGUGUUGGAGACUCAAACUUCUCUUCCAGAUGCCCUAUCUCAAUUGACAGAAAACAAGGAAGAAAGGAGCCAACUUUUAGAUACGGAGUACAGAAAUAAGAUUCUGGAUGAUCUAUAUGAGGUGAAAUCCUUUUUAAAUCAACGAUUGGCUGAAUUGAGGAAUGACGAAACUUUGUCCCUGCAAAAUCAAGUCCAGGCAGUUGCCCCCUUUGUGCUACAACAGUACGCUUCUGAUGCAAUAGAAACAAUGCAAAGUGACAUUUCUUUGGCAAUUUCAUUGCUGACAAAUAGGAAGACGAGGGAUUUGAUUAUGAUUCUCAACUCCAAAAGAUUUCUAGACAGACUAGUCAAUUCAUUAGAGGAAAAGAAACAUCAUGAAGUCAAGUUGAGAGAAGGGUUGAAGGACUUGGCUGCUAAACGGAUGGAACUGCAAAAUUCUCUAUCUUCUUCAUGGUCCAAGCAAGAUGCGGCUGUGGCAAAAACAAAGGAGUUGAAAAAACUAUGUGAGAGUACACUUUCAUCGAUGUUUGAUGGAAGACCAGUAAAUAUAAUUGGAGAGAUCAAUGCCCUUUUGACUAGUGGCGUUGGAGCAUGAAGAAGAGGAAUAUACUUUCAUGAUGAUCAAGCUUAUAGGUGGACAGUGGCGGGCCAAAAUAACUUUAGAAAACUUUUUUUUUUCUGCAGUUGUGCCAUAUUGAUUUUACUAGCAGAAGAUACUAGUGAAGGCAGUUUUUUUGGCUAAUUGUUAGUAUUACUUUUGAAUUCAAGUAUGGAUAUGAUCGAGUUGUUAGUAAUGUAGGUGACCACUAAAAGUUUGGAUAUUGUUGUGACAUAUCUGAUUCACUACUAUCAAAAUCAUAAGUGAAUAAUAUUGCGAAAUGUCAGUUCAUGUCGAA